UAUAGAAGUAGAGCCUAAAUCCACCUGCGCGAGUUUGUCCUCCACCACACACAACGUUUCCGUUAAAAGAGCCAAAAACGAUAAAUAACACAAAAUUCGGGCAAAUUCCGUAACAGAAAAUGAAGGUUAGAGUUCGCGUUGGCCCGGAUCCUGAGCACACACAAAUUGCUUGGGUGAAUCACGAGGGAAGACCGACCGAAAUCGAUGGUCCCUACUGGGUUGGACGAAUUCUUGUCAGAAUCCGGGAUUUUAGUGGAAUUACACCUGAUGGAAGUGCCCCGAAACGGGACAGCGAGUAUUUUAAAGGGAGAUCGCGUAAAUUUCAGAUCCAGGCUGAAGGUCGCUUUAAGAAGGAGUACAAUGGUGACCAAGUUAUCUACGGCACUCAAUUCGAUCAUAUGAUCUCUCAUUUUCCUGAAUCUGCUUUCCGAGCUGGAAUGCGCAUUGCCAAGUACAUUGACCCUGCCGUGUACUAUGAUAAAAACGCAAAGUCCCCAUACAUCAUGUCACCUUUUGUGGCCUGUGUGAAUACACUUUCAGCAUGGCCGGCUCCCUCCCGUAUGGAGGAUGCCGUUAUUUCGCUAGUUGAGGCGGACGCCCAGGAUUCUGACUCUGAGCCUUUACCAGAUGUUAGUGAUACUUUCGACGAAACCGAAGAUUUCACGGACUUCAAAAAGCCAGAGGAAAAAUUUGAGCCGAAAAACAAUGCCGAGUUUAUGAAAACUCAUUUGCUAACGUCUCCCCCGGCGAUUACUGUUGAGGGCCAGGAUGCAUCAGAGAUUGAGGAUUCUCCAAGAAAGCCUAAUGAUUUUGACGAGCUUAGUCUUAUUUCCACCGAUUCAGGAAAUACCACUACACCUCGUCAUCGUCGCCAGCGUUAUUGGAGUUUUGCCGGUUUCAAUGAUAAUGCCCGAUUUGCAGAUCUCAAUAAGACGAGCGGGCCAUCACAUCCCCAAAAUCUGGAUGUGCCCAGUGCUGUGCGUCCCGGUUCUGCAGGCCAGUAUGGUGAUACCGGUGGGUAUAAUAGCGAUGAGGAUGAAGAGCUUCUUCUUCAUCGUCACAUCACCAACACGCAUAAAGACUUUAGUACGCACGUGAAAAAUGUUGGUCUGUACCACAAGCAGUCAUUGGAAGAUGAAAGCGAGGGAACUUCUUCUGCAUCCGAUGACACUUCUGCGGACGAUGAGCGGCUUCAACGUUACUUCACUGCACUUGAAUUGCAGGUUGAUAAAAGAUCGAAUGAGGACGAUAAAAAGAAAAAAAGCGAUGCGUUACACAAAUUGACGCAUCCUUCUUUAAAACUCGGCAAAAAGCUGUCGGCUCCUAAACUCAUUAAACGAAUGUCUAUUCGUCGUAAAAAGAAAAAUCAUGAAGACAGUACGAGUGAUACUAGUCCCACGACUUCGACCUCUAAUGGUUCCCCGGUUAAGCACGAAAGUAAAAAGUCGGCUCCCCGUCGGUCAUUAGAUCGUCUUAUUCGGUUUGGUUCUAUACGGCGUCAUCACCAUCACAAGCACGAGGAUAUUAAGGAACCUCAUCGUUCAGAUUCUGUUCCAAUUUUCCCCUCGCGCAAGUCAUGGUCUUCCUCUCGUCCUUACUCGACCCAUUCCAGCGGAACUUCCCCACGCACAUCUACGGAGUCCCCUCUCAUCGAAAGCAAAUACAUGAGCGCUACUCAACCACCUUCUCGUAAGUCAAUGUCUUAUGUUGAAGGUCAAAGCACGUAUCUUUCAGCAUUGCCAAGGGCACAAGAACCGUCCGAGGAGAAGAUUCCUGAGGAGGAAGGUGACACGGUAUCUGCCAAAUCUGCCAAACUAGAGCAAAAGCAUGAGACACCCCAAUCUGGAAACCUGCUCCAGGUUCCCAAUUCCCGCGCCGUGCGUCGUAAAAAGUCUGGUAUACCGAAACCUUCUAAGCACAUUCCUUCAGAAUCAACGUCGUUGGAUGCAUGUCUGGGUCCAUGGAGAUUCGGUAAUCCGAAGGUUGAUCCCAUUGAGGAUAACUCUUUUAUUUUUGGUGAUCUAAAGUCUGUAAAAGAACGAAGAAAGUACUUUUCUAGCUCUUUGGCUGCUCGAGAAAACUUUUAUUUUGACCGCGACGUUGUCUACUGCAUGAGUUUCUUCGCUCCUUACAUGGACUUCAAUACCUUUAAUUUAAGCUUUGGACCAAUCCGCUUGAACGUUAAUAGAAGCUUGAACUCUGAGGGAAAACAACCUAUCCGUUACAUGAUGCGUGAAAAAGAAAACGAAAAAGCAAUUAUGUUCGUUGUCGACUUCGAUCUUGUUGAGGAUGACGACAAAAGCGUACUUGAAGAACAAGCGAGAAACCGAGAAUUGAUCGCACAAAGAGAGUUAGGCUUGGGAAAUUAAUUCUGUCCUAAAUUGUAUACGGUUUCUGUUGUGCUGAUUCCAGUUUAAACGUUUCAAUUUUGGAUUUACAGUGUACUUAAGACAUAAACAGUACUACAUAUCCCUUGGUUCUUCUUUCUUGUUACCAUAAUACAGCAAUCUGCGUCUUAAUCAGGUAUACUUGUCGCGUAUGUACUAUUAUUACAAAAAUUUACCUUUACGAUUUUAGUUGCUUUCCCUUGCUUUUUUCCGUUAUGAAAGCUGGCUACAUAUUUGGUGAUUCCUUUUUGCUGAAGUGAGAGGUGAAAAGAUGAUAUAUUUAGUUUUGUAACCUUAUUAGUUCCGACCGGAGAGAUUUAGGCCGAGUCGAGGAAUGCUUUCUCUUUUGUAUUAGUAUAACAAUAAACACGACACUGGUCGUUCGUAUCUUAUGAACAGAGUGGGAUUACAAUUGUAUGAGACUGUUAAGUAACGCCCUGUUCUAAGGUUCAAAUGUAGGAAACCCGGUUAAUGCGACAAUAAUCACUAAAAAUUAG